AUGCGCGUUGGGGGCGGGGCCAGCGCGAGCGGGAAAACGAGAACCGGGAAAUCCCGGAACCGGAACCGGGGAACGGGAACCGGGAAAAACCGGAACCGGGGAACGGGAACGGGAACCGGGAAAAACCGGAACCGGAACCGGGGAACGGGAACCUGGAAAACCGGAACCGGGGAACGGGAACGGGAACCGGGAAAAACCGGAACCGGGGAACGGGAACCUGGAAAACCGGAACCGGAACCUGGGAACGGGAACCGGGAAAAACCGGAACCGGAACCGGGGAACGGGAACCUGGAAAACCGGAACCGGGGAGCCCCCGGCAGCCCCGGGAUGAGGCGGCGGCGCGGGGGCGGCGCGGCCCCGGCCGAGGCCUGCGGGGUGUGGCUGGACACGGCCGAGCUGAAGCGGGGCCCGGCGCGGCCCCUCACGCCCAGAGCAGCCAGCCGAGCUGCAGGGAGGAAGCAGAGCCCGGUGCUGCCCCCACAGCCUGGCAGCUCCAUCCCCAGGCAGAGCUCCAUCCUCAGCUUCUUCAGCCCCCGGCCAGAUGAAGGAGACAAAGAGAACAAAGAGAACAAAGAGAACCGCAGGCCCGGCCCCCGGCAGGGCUCGGGGGCUGCUCCGCCUGCCUGGCCCGUGAAGAUCCUGCCCUUGCCACAGCUGGAGGAGCCCCCCGGGGCUGAACAGGGGCUGCAGGGCACAGCCCAGGCAGGGCAAAGAGCUCCGGAGCCCCUGGAGCUGAGCGUGGAGCCUCAGAGGCAGAGCAGAGCCUCCCCUGGGGCCGGGGGAGCCUCCUGGUGCUGGGGCAGGGACAAACCCUGGGAGUCUCCUGGGGGAAGGGGCUCGGGGGGCGGGAGAGCACAGCCCUGCAGCAGAGCUGGGGCUGGGGACACAAAGCCCGGGCCAGGGGCUGCUCCCAGGGGGGUUUGCUGCCCUCCCCAGAGCCCGGGGCCAGCCCAGCCCCUGCGGGAGCGGGGCCAGGUCCCAGAGGGGCCCUGCAGGGAGCUCCAGGGCUGCCAGGGGAGCAGGGCCACUGCCCACGGGGACAGGGAGAGGGCCAGCCCCCCCAGGGCCACCCCCAGCUCACCCAGGGCCACCCCCAGCUCACCCAGGGUCACCCCCAGCCCCCCCAGGGCCAGCCCCAGCCCCCCCAGGGCCAGCCCCAGUCCCCUCAGGGCCACCCCCAGCCCCCCCAGAGCCACCCCCAGCCCACCCAGGGUCACCUCCAGCCCCCCCAGGGCCAGCCCCAGUCCCCCCAGGGUCACCCCCAGUCCCCUCAGGGCCACCCCCAGCCCCCCCAGGGCCAGGCAGCCCCCCGAGCUGGGCUCUGAGCCCCUGUUCACACAGGACUCAGAAGGGAACAGGGUCAUCAAGCACUGGUGAGUGACCCAGGCUGGCUCUGGCAGCACUGGGGGCCUCACAGAGGGGAGGGAACCCCUUGGUGCAGCCCCCAGCCCCUCUCUGCUCCCUGAGAUGCUGCUUUAAUCCAAAUUAAAGGUUGGAGUUUGUUUUC